UUGGAACGCUUUCUGUUCUUCCUCUGCUCAGAUAGCACGAAUUUAUAAAAGUGUUCCUGUCUGCUCUGAAGCCUGGUCCGAUCUGGACUGACAGCUGUGCUGGGGCGAAAGACCAAUUCGCCCUUGGCUUGAGUGUUGCACCUCUGGCAGCCCUUCCUGGUGGGGAAGGUGAUGCUUGCUUCUCUGUCUCCCGCGUUUCUCCCACGCCCCCGUUGCCGGGCGAAGGCGCCCUCUGAUUGGCUGCCGGCCGUCACUUCAAGGAGACGCGCGCCCUCGGGGCGGGGCCUGGCGCCGGGUAGCCGCGGCCCGGCGGCGCGAGGGCACGGCUACGUCGCCCGCGGGCUCCGGCUGCGCGCCGUUCUCGGCUCACACCCAGGCUCGCUCGGCGGGGAAGGGGUCGCAUGAGCGGUGGGCCAAGGGAUUGGGUGUGGGGAGCCGGGAGGGCGUCGGGUGCGGGGCCGGGGCUGCGGGGCCGGGGCGGAAGGCGGGUACGCGAGGCGGCGCCGGGGAGCCCGAGGACAUGGCGCGGGCGGACGCUGAGGAGGGGGCAGCGGAGGCGCCCGGGCACUCGCCUGCGAAAGGAUACUUUCCGGUCCCAGGGGAGGCGCCCGCCGGAAAGGUGAGCUCCGAGCCGCAGAACGGGCUCAAAGCCUGCUGCCUGGUCGGGAACGGAGUCCCUCGGGACGGCCGCGCGGCCGCCUCGGGAGCCGUGGGCAGGCCGCAGACUCCGCCGGCCCCGGAGGAGGAGACCCAGGCCCGCCUGCUGCCCACGGGCCCCGGGGAGGAGACCCCGGGGGCCGAGGACAGGCCGGGGCCGCGGACGGCGCUCUCCGCGCGGCGCUUCGCGGUGCUCCUUAUCUUCAGCCUGUACUCGCUGGUGAACGCCUUUCAGUGGAUCCAGUACAGUAUCAUCAGCAAUGUGUUCGAGGGCUUCUACGGCGUCUCCUCGCUGCACAUCGACUGGCUGUCCAUGGUGUACAUGCUGGCCUACGUGCCUCUCAUCUUCCCGGCCACCUGGCUGCUGGACACCGGAGGCCUGCGGCUCACCGCGCUGCUGGGUUCCGGCCUCAACUGCCUGGGCGCCUGGGUCAAGUGCGGCAGCGUGCAGCAGCAUCUGUUCUGGGUCACCAUGCUGGGCCAGUGCCUGUGCUCCGUGGCCCAGGUGUUCAUCCUGGGCUUGCCGUCUCGCCUCGCCUCGGUGUGGUUUGGGCCCAAGGAGGUGUCCACAGCUUGUGCCACCGCCGUACUGGGCAAUCAGCUUGGAACUGCAGUUGGCUUUUUGCUACCACCAGUUUUAGUGCCCAACACACAGAAUAACACAGAUCUUCUGGCUUGUAAUAUCAGUACUAUGUUUUAUGGAACAUCAGCUAUUGCCUCACUUUUAUUUAUUUUAACAGUAAUUGCAUUCAAAGAGAAACCUCAGUAUCCACCAAGUCAGGCUCAAGCAGUUCUCAAAGACAGCCCCCCUGAAGAGUACUCCUAUAAGAAAUCAAUACAGAACUUAUUUAAAAACAUUCCUUUUGUCCUUCUGUUGAUUACUUAUGGUAUCAUGACUGGAGCAUUUUAUUCAGUCUCAACUUUAUUAAAUCAAAUGAUACUGACAUAUUAUGAGGGAGAAGAAGUGAAUGCAGGAAGGACCGGGCUAACACUGGUAGUAGCUGGGAUGGUGGGCUCAGUUCUUUGUGGCUUGUGGCUGGAUUACACCAAAACGUACAAACAGACUACUCUGAUAGUUUACAUUUUGUCUUUUUUUGGAAUGGUUAUAUUUACCUUCACACUGGACCUUGGAUACAUUAUCAUCGUGUUUGUUACUGGAGGGGUGCUUGGUUUCUUCAUGACUGGCUACCUCCCCCUGGGUUUUGAGUUUGCUGUUGAGAUCACUUACCCUGAAUCCGAAGGCACUUCGUCUGGCCUUCUUAAUGCUGCUGCGCAGAUAUUUGGAAUUUUGUUCACAUUGGCUCAAGGAAAGCUCACAUCAGACUAUGGUCCUAAGGCAGGGAACAUUUUCCUGUGUGUGUGGAUGUUUGUAGGCAUCAUUUUAACAGCAUUAAUCAAGUCUGAUCUGAGAAGACACAAUAUAAAUAUAGGAAUUACAAGCAGUGAUAUUAAAGCUUUGCCAGUUGAUAGUCCCACAGAUCAAGAAUCGAAAACAAUUAUAAUGUCCAAACAAUCAGACUCAGCAAUUUAAGGAAAAGUUAAUAUCAUGUGACAAUCGAGUGAUAAGGCUUGGUUUGUACGUUACAGGAAAUGGAUGCUUACUUAAAAAUUAUCAUAUGAUCCCUAAAUGCAAUUACUGUUUCACUUAAUUGUUCCUUUAAGCAAUAUUUUGCUUAAAAUACUUUUUCUUCCAUCAUUUUAACACUACCAUUUAUCUGAUGGGCGCUGUUUUUGGUCUUAUAUUGUCAAUCUGAAAGUAAGCUUCUUGACAUUGACUUUUCAAAAGUGUUUUUCUUUUUUGUAGAAAAUGGAAGUUUGGAAUGAUUUCUAAAAUGAUAAUAUGGAGGUCUAAUGCCUUUAAGUCAUACAGGAAUACAUGAGUUUACAUAUAACAAUAUCUGGUAGAACCAAGUGUAUAACAUACUCCUAAUUGGCUCCCUCUUGUCCUGGCCUGGCUGCCCAGGCCCCCCAGUGUGAGCAUAUUAUGCCCACAUGACCCUUCUGACCCACCAAAGCAUGGUAUUGGAAUGACACUUCCUGAUGACAUGUAAGACUUUUGCCAUUUCCUGUAUCCUCGUUGUACAGUGCUUUGUAACAGGUACUGUCAGUGGCCAUACAGACCACUCUGUGUACAGACUGAACCCAUGACUUUGGUCUCAGGCUUAGGUUCUGAUUAAGCGAAGGAUCGCAGGCUCAUUACCUUGAGUUCUGUGCACUGCCUUCCUAUCAAUGGUGUAAAUGCUGACACUAUUUUUUUCACUCCAACUUGAGAUAGAGUAGUUUUGUACCAUUGCUUUUUUAUUUUUAUUUUUUUUUCAGUAUACAACUUUCUAGCAAGAAAAUUUCAUCCCAUGUGUUACUGGCUUUUUCAUGAUUUCUUGUAUCACAGCUAUACUUUUGUGUGAAGAUUCCUGAGAUGAGGAAGUCAGUAACAGCUCAGACUAGGCGUUGCCAUUUAGUGGAGACCUCUUGAAAUGCUAAUGGUUCAGGCAUGCAGUAUCAUUUUUAUGACCAUUCUCCUUUGAGGAAUACUGUGUCCCGGGGCAUCCUCCCUCAGCGGUGGAGGAAGUGGAUUCUUCGCUACAGAGUGUAGUCUCCAUACUGUUGACACAUUCUGCUCCUUUACAUGCUCAGGACAAGGAGAAUAGGACCAAAUGUGUUUCCACAGUGCCUACCGCUGCAUUUUGUUUACAGUGAAAACAUAAAUGUUGUCCUGACUCUCUAAGCUGAUCGGGAGAUAUCUUUAGAGUAGUGAUAUCUAAACAGCCUGAUAAUUACAUUAUGUCCACAUUAAAUUUAAAGUCAGUUAUACCCUUGAAUACCCUUGAAGUGAAUUAGCAAUUCUGAUUUGGAUAUAGUAUAUGCAGUUGCUUUACAUUAUAAUUUAUAACAUUCUCUGUAAUCAAACUAUUGUAGAUUAUCAAGUAAAUUAUAUAGGAUGUGCAUUUAUGUAAAUGAUUUACAUAUUAUUUACGUAAUGUAUUACCAGAGAAUGUGUUACCAGAAGAACUCAGCUGGGGAUCAGGAACUCCACAGCCACGUCCUGGCUCUUUUUCUAACUGUCCCUGUAACUCCCUGGGCAGCAGUUUCCUCAUCCGUAUAAUGAAUGUGUUCGAUUUGAUCUCAGAGAUCUUUGUUAAAUCUUAAAUGCCAUUCAUCAUGGGGUAGAUGAAAUCACUGUACCACAGAAACUUAACUCUAGAGAAAAAUUCCCUGAACAAUUGGAUAAACAACUGAUGAUUGUUAUUUUGUGGAUACAGGGAAUUUGAAAUGUUUUAGCCUUUUAGCCUCUUUACUCAGUUGGCCAUACCUUUGGCAGAAUAUGCUGAGUCAUUAACUUCCUAAGAUAUUUAUAUCCCAGGUUUUUUGGCCUCUCCUCUAAAUAAUUUUUUUUUUAACUGUCAAUGUUGUUUAAAAUAAUCAUGUGUUUGCUCUAUUCCUGAGAUUUUUGAGUUACAGAUAAAAGUUGAACACUUUAUUUCUGAAAAACAUAUGCAUAUAUGUCUUGUGUAUCUUUCCUUGUUGAUUAGAAAAAGGAUGAAAUAUAUGACAAAAUGUAAAAUGAAUAAAAUUUCUGUGUUUUGAGUUAAAGUCAGAUAAUGUCAUGUAAUUCUGUCUUUGGAAAAUGGAGUUGGAUAACCAUAACUUGUGUAAAUUUUAAUCAAAUGAUUUUAGAAAGAAACUGGUUGCUUUCCAAAAUUGUUGAAUUUAUAAAUGUUGCAAAUACAGCUUUUGCUCUUUGUGAAUGUUGGCGAAAUGUCUUUAAAAAUGUUUAUGUGUAAACUCAGCAUUGCCAGAAGAAUGCCUGUCUUGUCAUUUUUCAUUUUCCUAUUUUUGCUGUGUUCUAUUUAUGUGUACGUUCAGUCUUCAGUAUUUCAGACUUGAAAUAAAUUAAUUUUUUUAAUGUUCAAGUUCUGCUACUUAGGUGCACAUGGGGAGUGGAAAGGGAUUAUAAGCUUUCAGAAUGGGUGGAGGAGGGAGAGAGGUGGUUUGUGGAACACGAGGAAACAAAGUCCACCUGGGCAGGGCUAACCAGCAAGGUAGCAUGUGCUUCACCUGCUCGCCUUCCUUGGUGGCUGCCCCUUCGUUGGGCAAGAGCCAUCCCAGGACACUGCAUCUGUGCUUCAGGCUUCUCUGCCCUUUGCUCCUGGGAGCAUGUGCCUUAUCUGAUAGGAUGUGUCAUUUUCCCUCAAGCCCUUGCCGAUUCAUGUAAUAAAACCAAUCUAAUAAAAUAA